AUGGCUGCCACCAAUGACAACAUUUCUUGCAGGGCAGCAUCUACUACUAACCUCCCACACGACGUUUUGGGUAAUGUUGCGGAUCCUGCCCUCUCAGCCAAGACAAGACUCGUUAACGAGGCUAUCAACGAGAUCGGCUGGACCAGCUUCCACCUCAAGCUCUCCUGUCUAGCUGGUUUCGGCUUUGCUGCUGAUUCACUUGUAGCCUUUCUACAGAGUGUUGCUGCUUCCCAAGCUUAUUUGGAGAUUGGAAAUGGCGGCUAUCGUACCGGAGCAACCAUGGCACUCUAUGCUGGGCUUCAGAUCGGCGCCCUGUUUUGGGGCCUUAGCGCCGACAUGAUCGGUCGCCGCAUCGCUUUUCAGACAACUCUCCUCAUCGGUUCCAUAGCUACAAUCAUUGCAGGUGCUGGGACCAACUGGGUCUUCUUUUGCGUCUUCGUUGCCCUCCUUGGCUUUGGUGCUGGCGGAAAUCUAGUCCUUGAUCCUACAAUCAUGCUCGAGUUCACACCAGCUAAACAACAGUGGGUUAUCACCGCAAUGGCCGGAUGGUGGGGUGUUGGCCAGGCCAGCGCUGGUUUUAUUGCAUGGGGGUAUUACUCCCGCGCCGAGUGGAGCUGCGGCGCCUCGACUGAAUGUACUUGGCAAAACAACAAAGCCUGGAGGUUGAUAAUGUUCACCGGCGGCGCCCUCAUGUUGGUGAUGUCGCUACUGAGAAGUUUUGCCCUGCAUCUUCCAGAAACGCCGAAGUAUCUGGUCAGUUCAGGGCAGGAUGAGCAAGUCGUCUCCUUGUUGCAUAAGCUGGCAAGCAAACACAACCGGCCAUGUUCUUUGACUCUUGAACAGUUGCAGGCCUGUGGAACUGUCAAUCAAGAGCUCCAAGAAGAAACUGCCCAAAUGUCAGCUAUUCGUCGUGCUGCUAAACAACUCGCCGGUCAUCUAAAAGGGCUCUUUGGAACCCGGAAACUAGCUCUGUCAACUAUACUGAUCUGGAUAUCUUGGAUGUUAAUCGGCUUGGGAUAUCCGCUGUUCUUCCUCUACCUUCCCGCUGACUCGAAAACUAUCUCCUUCAGCGCUCUUCUGAGCAGCCGCGUUCCAGGAUAUGAACCUUCAUUUACCGAGACUUGGCGCGACUACACAAUUAGCAACAUCUGUGCCAUUUUCGGACCCCUUAUUGCUGCCGCAAUAGCGGAAGUCAAAUGGAUUGGUCGUCGGUAUACGAUGAGCAUUGGCGCCACAAUCACAGCCGCCUUCUUCCUCGGUUACACGUAUAUCAAGACGCCUGCGCAGAAUCUUGCAUUGAGCAGUUGCAUUUCUACUUGCAUCAACAUCUAUUACGGAACGCUGUACGCAUACUCAGCUGAGGUAUUCCCGUCGGCUCACCGCACUACCGGGAAUGGAACCGCCGUUUCACUCAACAGGAUCAUGGGGCUCCUUUCAGCAGUUAUUUCUGUAACAGCAGAUACCACAACCGUAACGCCUCUAUAUGUUUCUGUAGCUUUGUUUGCGCUUAUGGCUAUCGUCGCAGCUAUUUUCCCUAUUGAGACAUAUGGGAAGAGCGCUUCUUAG